AUGGCACAAGAAAUGUCACCACAAAAGGAGGAAGCUCAAAACCAACCAAAGCGAAGAUUCAAAAUGAUGGCUCAAAAGAGUAAAUCAAAGCCAAAGCCAAAGCCAAACUAUGAUCGGAAAGCAAAGCACCCAGACUAUGUCCAAUUUCGGUGCAAUGUCAACGCUUUCAACAACAUCAUUAUAGACGUAAAAGACAAGCUGAAUGAAAGGCAGAAGAAGCUUCUCAAGAACACCCCAUUCUGGAACUUGAUUGAGGUGUUUUACAACCAGAGGAUUGACAUGAAUAACAUGAAUAAGUCAGACCUUGACUUAGUUCAGCUGCUCAAGAAGUUUGAUCCGGAUACAAAGUCCUUCAAAUUUGGCACCGAAGCAUUCAAGAUCACAGGCAAUGUAGUGAUUCAGAUUCUAGGACUGCCAAAUGAAGGAAAAUCUGUCAAACUUGUCAAUGAUAGGUACACUUCUACAUUCAGAAUAAGGCACUUUGGAGAAAAGGGAAAACCAUCAAAAAAUCUGGUAGAAGCAGAAUUACUGAAGACAAUUUCAUUGGCAAACCAACCGAAGAAAGAAAAGGCCAAGGCAGAGCAAAAGAAAGAAGCUGAAGAAGAAGAAGAAGAAGUUGACUACGACAAGGAGGUGGUCAGCAUAAUAUUGAUUCACCUAUGCAUGACAUUCCUUUUUGCCAACGCUUCAUCUACUUUGCAUUGGAAAGUAUUUGAGCACUGUGUGAAUCUGGACACACUUUCAAGCUAUUCUUGGGCAAGUGCUGUUUCAGCCUACAUGAAUGAAUCCUUGGUCGCAAAAGCAAAAGCAAAAGCAAAAGCAAAGAAGGGAGGAGAAGGCUCUAUAGGAGCUGUUUCGGGUUGCAUUAUCCUAAUAUUGAGGACAAACAUAAUACAACCAAUCCUGGGCAAGGAGAAAGAAACUCCUGCCAUUCUUAAAUGGAGUCUUGUGGAACUCCACACAAGAUUCAACCAAAUAAAGGACUUGAAUGACAUUGAGGGUAUUUUCAAAACUCCUAAAAAGCGAAAAACUACCAGGGAAGAGGAAGACACUGUUGACAAGAAAAAAGAAAAAGAAGAUGAAGGACAACAAAGAGAAGCAGAGGAAGCAGAAGACCAAGGAAAACCUGAUAAUGCUGAUCAAACUCCAGAAUUAAAAGAGGAUGGAAAGAAGAAAAUGUUUGAGAAUGAGCUGGAAAUGAACCUCUUGCAAUUCAAGACCUCUUGGAGGAUUGCAGAAUUGGAAGGCAAGAAAACUUGUAUUGACAUGGAGAAGAUUGCCAAGAAAAAGGAGAUUGAAGAAAAGUACAAGGUAGAAAUUCAAAGCUUGUUGUCAGACCCAACAGUCUUUCAAAUGGAGAUCGAUCUGCCUACAACACAACCAACACAACCAGUUGAAGAGCAAGAAGAAGAAGAAGAAGAGAAAGAAGACAAGAAAGAAGAAGAGAAGCAACAAGAAGAGAAAGAAGAAGAGAAGAAGCAAGACGCUCCAACACCUGAUGUUCCUUCAAGAUUAACACAGGAGGCAUCUCAGCCCGAUGCCACAAAUCCAAUUCUUGAUCCCCCAAAAGGAACGAGCCUUCAUGAUUCAAUACCUGUAGGUAUGCAAGAAUCAAAUGAUGAAGAUGAAGGACAAAAAAAGCCAACAAAGAAAAAACUAGGAUGGGGGUCAAAAGAAGGUUUGGCAGAAAAUUCCAAAGGAGGACAGGGACAGAAUUCAAGAAUACUACUUAAUGAUAACUUUUGGGCAGGACUCGAUAGUGAGAAAGUGACAAACCAUGAUAUCAAAGAUAUUGUAUGGGACCUGGAACUGUCACAAAACGCCUAUAUCCAAAUAGAGGAGGAGAAAAUAGGGCCUAUGCAGACAGAUAGUCCACAGUACAUGUCUACAUGGACUUGGGCUUACAUGCAAACCUUCCUAGAACCAAAUUGGCAUAGGGCCCUGUAUGAACACUUACUUGAAAAACUCGGGAAAUGCAAUGUUCUCUUCUUCCCGAUCAUUUCAAGUUUUGAGUUCCACUUUACACUUCUCACAUUUCACAAAAUUGAACGAAAGUGGAGACACUACAAUCCACUUAGAUCGUUGGGAUCUAGAAAAGAAGAAAAGUGUAUUGACAUUGCUCAAAAUUUUGUUAAUAUUGUGGAAGGGUGGCUAGAAUAUAUCAGACCACAAGCACAAGAGUUCUUAGAAACUAAAAAAAUACCAAAACUUGUGAAGCAAAAAGAAGGGCCCCAUACACCUGCACAGGUUGAUUUGUCCCCAAAUGAAGAACUCACUCUAAAUUGGAUUCUGCAAAAUCCAUAUCAGUUUCCAUUUGAGGAUGACACAGAAUGUGCUCAACAAAAUUCAUCUUCGUUGGAUUGCGGCAUGUUCGUCAUGUUCUACAUGGAUAAAAUAGCACAAGGACAGCCCAUUCCAAAAAGUGUGGACAAGAAAUUCAUGAAUGAAUAUCGAGCACAAUAUGUCACAAAACUCCUACACCACAAACACUGUGAUGCAACAAAAAGAAAGGGAAACAACAAACUGCACUGA